GGCACUAUUUAGCUUAGAUGAUUGUUACCUUUCCUGCACUGCAAAGCUACCAAAGUUGCUAAAGUACAUCAAAAGAGAUGUUGAGUUAUCAUCACCUAAACUGACAGCUUCUAAAUCUCAAAAGGGGUUCUCUUCUUCAAAUUACAGAAGACUACGGGUGACAAAAAUGGCGUCGCUGAUACCAGGUGUACUACUAAAGCUUCUACAAACUGUAAAUACAAACACAAGGAUUCGCGGUGAAUACCGGUCAGUUUUACUACAAGUGAUUAGUAUUGUUCCUGCAUUAACAGGAUCUGAACUAUUCCCAAACCAUGGUUUCUUCAUAAAAGUUUCAGAUUCUUCGCAUUCAACGUAUGUUUCGUUGUCUGAAGAAGAUAAUGAACUUAUCUUAAUGAAUAAGUUGCAACUUGGUCAGUUUUUUUAUAUUGAGCAAAUUCAACCAGGAACACCGGUUCCUGUUCUAGUUGGUGUAAGACCGCUUCCCGGAAGACACCCAUUUAUUGGAAACCCCAAGGAUUUAAUGCAAAUGUCAGUGCCUACGGAGAAUCCGAUAGUAUCAGCUGAUUCUGAAGGAAAAAAUUCGAAGCCAGAUGAAAUGUUGGAGGCAAAACAGGAGAGUCCGAGGCAUAGAAUUAUAAUCAAAGAGGAGAAGGUGGGUGUUGCAUCUAGGUAUAUGCAGGGGGUUUCUAGUUCUAGUCCUAGUUCAAACUCGCAUUCAAACUCCAGAAGAACCGGAGCCGAUUCUGCUGCCUCUGUGAAGACUAAUGUAACUGAGAAUGGGGGAGUAGGGAUUAAAAAGACCGGUACGUCAUUGAAUACCAAAGAAGAACAUACAGAUCAGGUACACUGCCAGACGCCUCAUCCAACACCUUCCCGUACUCACUCCUUGGAUGCACCUAAAGCAAAGCAAGAGAUUGUUGGAGCCAACAUCAAGGAAAGUUCGAAAAAUUCAAAUACGAAGAAUCCGGUAGCUAAACAAAAGAGCUCUAAUAACUUGCAUUCUUUCCCGAGUAGUAAGUCUAAAAUGCAAACACAAGAUAAUAUAUCUUGGAACUCUUUACCUGGAAACUUGGUCAAGCCAGGAAAGGGGGUGCUUAGAAGGAGAAACUUAGCUUCUUUGGUAGCAAUGGAAGCUCAGAAAGAAGCAUCAUUAUCGGCAUCUUUAGUCAAGUGCCUCAGCAUGUUCGCUGAUCUUUGCAAAUCUGCUUCAACGGAUGAGCCUCAUCUCUCCCUAUCUAAGUUCUUCUCCCUAUACCGACUUAUCGAACAGCCGCACUUAACAUCUGUGGCUAAGGAAAUGAAAUCCUCUCAAGUUUCUACAAAAUCAGUACAUUCUCAAGAAAACCGCGGUCAAAAGGUUUCACAAACGCAUAUCAAAACUGCAGUCAAGUGUACUAAAUCUUCAAUGGAGUUAAGUGAGAAUGCAAAAUUGGAGUGGUCCAAAGGAGGAAGCACAACAGAGAUCCAAGAAAUGAAGGAAAUCCUCAUGAAAGAAUCACAAGUAUGGUUUUUAAAAUUCUUAGAGGAUUCAUUAAGUAAUGGAUUUCGUGCAGAAACGGGUGACAAGAAACGAAGUAAUAAUGGUGCCAAAACAGGUCGAAAGCCGGAAUCAUCAGAUGACCAUAUUGCUUUAAUAUUGUCACAACUUAAGUACGCAAAUGAUUGGUUGGAUCAAGUAAGAGCCAAAGCUGUGUUGGAUAAUGAUGUACUGGUAGAAACUGUUGAUCGGUUGAAACGGAAAAUUUACGGUUGCUUGCUUGGUCAUGUAGAUUCAGCUGCAACGGCGCUAGAGUGUCGAGCAGCAAGUGGAUCGUAGUUAAAUUUGUGUAUAUGUUUCAAUGUGAUUAUCAAUAGCCAAAAAUUGGACAAAGAUGAACAAUAGUUCCAUGGCUUCGUCGUUGUACAGUCUAUGCCACUGCCAAUAUAGUUGGAAACCUAAUAUAGGGGCUUCACGUUCCAAUCAAGGGGCUUCACAUGGAUUCCUAGUAACUAAAGAGUUGGUUAUGGGGUGUCUUGAUGUAAUAGCAAAUAUCUAAGUUACUCUCCAUUUUUAUAAUAAAAACCUAAAACUAAAAUCAAAACCGAACCCUAAUUCAAAAA